GACGACGACUCACGAUGUCUGCGAGCAGGGCGUCUGGUGUGUCCAAGAUUGCUGCAGAGAAGCACCAUCGCAUCCUCCUUGAGCUUGUCUCUCAGCCAGGGAAUGACAUAUGUGCAGACUGCAAAGCCAAGGCACCGAGAUGGGCUUCACACAAUCUCGGCAUAUUCAUCUGCGUCCGAUGUGCAAGUAUACACCGCAAGAUUGGUACUCAUGUAACAAAGGUCAAGAGCCUGACGCUCGAUGAUUGGUCCAAAGAACAAGUCGAAAACAUGAAGACCAUUGGUAAUGUGCGAGCGAAUGCAUACUGGAAUCCGGACGAGACUAAGCACCCAUUGCCGACAAACAUGGAAGAGUCGGAACGCGACAGCGAACUUGAAAAGUAUAUUCGAUCAAAGUACCAGUUUCAGAGAUUUCGGCCUCUCGGUGCCCGCGCUGCCGAAAAGCUAGGACCGUCUCAAUCCCUCCAGUCCAGGACACCUAUGCCAUCGGCUCAGCCUUCUUCAACCGUCGUGCCUCCGAUACGUUCGCAGACGGCACCCAUACGUUCUGAUAUCGCAGCAGAAUCGUCAAGAACAGCACCUCCUGUCCCCAGUGCUCCAGUUAUGGAUGCACGUUCGUUGUCCUCUGGCUCUGGGUUCAUUGGUACUGGUGCUAGGAUUGAGCUCCCUGCUCGAAGGUCCAGUUACAAUCCGUUCCCUUCUUCCGCUACUGCCACUGCCUCUACGCCUUCCUCAUCCUUUGCAACGUCCGCACCAGCGCCACCACCAAACCAACAAGCCUCACUUACCUCAUCCACAUUUAAUGACCUCAUUUCCUUGCAAGCACCUUCACUGAACUCUUCCCUCCCACUUCAAUACUCGCAAUCUCCUACUCAGCAAGUCCAACCCCAGCCAUUCCAGUCGUCUCUGGCUACUGGAUUGAACCAGGCGCCGACACUGUCCCCACCAUUCGCCUCUUCUCCCUUCAACACGCCAACGGGUGGAAUGACAAACCCAUACGCAAACUUAGCACUCAAUGCAGCACCGACUGGCUCUCCCUUCGCCUCUGUUAAUAAUCCCAACUCAAGCUUCCGAAGCGCGAGCCUUCCUACAGCAGGAUAUGGACAGUCGCCGUUGAACACAAUGCCGACAGGGAGCUCACCAGGCUCAUUCUCCCAGCCGUUCAACCCCUCUCCGAACCCAUUUACUCAGAUGCAAGGACAGACGCAGCAAUAUCCCGGUAUGUCUGUUGCAAAUUACAAUAACAGCAGCACUUUGCCAAGCCAACCCUCUGGUACCUUCUUCCCCGCUCCGGGGAGCCAAGGCCAGCAAGGGCCGUUCCAGCCGGGCCCGUUCCAAUCGUCGGCGAACAUGCAAGCUGCGUAUGGAGGGCAAGGUCAGCAUCCGCAACAGCCGUUCCAGGGCAUGCAGGGCGGAGGCGGCGUGAACAACCCGUUUGCACAAUGGGGCGGAACAUAGGCGUACCUGGAAUAGGGACUGUUUCUCACUUUGAUAUCAGACUUGUAUACCCAUCAUUUCUUGUAGUAAUAGUCCAGUGUGAAUGAUGCAAUACGUGCCGUUCCAAAAGGGGAGUGUGUACCGGACGAUUGAGGGGAGAUGCGGGAGAAGAACGCCUACAGUCGUAAUAAAUGGAUAAUUUAAUAUAAAAAUAUUCCGUGCUCGG